ACGAAGCUGACAAGAAGGUGCCUUUGUCCACUGCGCCCCUCCACCCUGUCAUGAGACGUCAAGACAUGCAUGCAUAUCCAGUUCAAAACUUGCAACACCUUUUCUGAUAUUUGCUAAUCUCUCCAUGCAAGACUAAAAGAGGCAAGCAUCCACUUCACAUCCUGCAUGCAUCUACAACCGGAUGGCAGGGAAAGAUAGAGAUAGAAGAUCAACAGUGAUCAGAUGGAUGAUUACUCAGCAUUAAGGCCGUGAUCCCCACCACAUUAACUCCCUGUGAUCACGCAUGAUCUCUAAAUUUGGCAGGUGAACUUGCAUUCCUCUGAGAUUAUCUCCACAUUUAACCCCUCUUGUAUAAGUAGGCACCUAAUUAACCCCGGUCAAGAACUCCACACCAGUGCGAAGUGAAAGAAACCAGAUCCAUGGACAAGGAAUCGAGCUCCCUGACCGCGUCCAUGGAGGUUGAGGGAGCGGGGUUGCAGGUGGAGGACGGGGAGGAGGUGGUGCAGGCGCCGGCGAAGGAGCUCGACCUUAUCGGCGCACUCGGUUCGGCGCCGCCGGAAGUGAAGGCUGUGGAGGCGCAGGCGGUGGCGCCGGGCAAGGGGAAGGAGAAGGCAGUGGUGGAGGCGGCGGAGGAGAAGGCGCCCACGACGGCGCCGGCGUCCAGCGGCGGCGAGAAGAAGCGCUCGUUCAAGUGCAACUAUUGCCAGCGUAAGUUCUAUACCUCGCAGGCGCUGGGCGGCCACCAGAAUGCUCACAAGCGCGAGCGCUCGCUCGCCAAGCACGCCGCCGCCGCCGCUGCCGCGGCGGGGCGCGGGCUGUACGGUGGCGCUGACCCCUUCCUUCCGCCGCACCACCUCCGCUUCCCGCACGCCUGGCCGUACUCCGCGGGUGGCGGUGGCGGCAGGACGUCGUCGUCGUCGUCCCUCGGGCUCGGCCGCGGCUCCGCUGCUGCGGCGCCGUUCUACGGCCGGCAACACGGGUGGGCCGCGCACGCGCAUGCUCACGGCGGCCAGCCGUCCAUGCCAGGGCUCGCCCGCCACGCCGGCGCCGAACGCCCCGUCUACGCACCUCACGGCUACGGAGGCUACGGUGCCUCGUCGAGGGCCCCAGCUUCCCCGGCCGUCCUCGACACCGGGAUGGCCGGGCUCCGGUGGGCUGGCGUCGCCAGCGGUGCCUCUGCCGGCGUCAACAACGGCGGCGCUCAUGACGUGACGCAGCAGCAGGAGGAGGCGCAGAGCUGCAAGAUAGACCUGAACCUGAGGCUGUAGCUCCCCAGGGUUCAUUUACCAUUAGAAAUUGCUUGUUGAUGAAGCGCAUGUUGACAAGGAGGGUGAAUGUUCAUUGAUUCGUUUUGUCUCAGAUUAAGUCAUGCAUGGUCAGCUGAUUAGGGUUUAAGACAGGGUUUAUCUGUAGAUGUAAUAUUAUCAUAUAGUAGU